CUCUCUCUCUCAUCAUAAAAAUUCCAAAAAGAAAAACAAAAAAGAAAUUCUCUCUCUCUCUCUCUCUCUCUCUUCUUUGAAAAAUCCCAGACAAUUCCCAAUCUCCGAAACCCCAAUCGACGUUCAAAGCUCUCAUCGGCUCCGGAUUCCUCCUUCUCCGGCGGGAAAAAGCUCGAUCGAUUGCCGGGCCGAUCGAAAGUUGCGCUCUUUCGACGCGAAUUCGCUGUAAAGUCUCUUCCUUUUCCCCCACCUCCGAUUGGCGCUCUUCUGGGUUGUGUCGGUUGUCGAAGGGAGUUGAAAGGGGGAGGGGGGGAGAAAAACCCGAACUUUAGUGCCUUCUUUGUCUUUGGACGAGACCAUCGGAGGUAUGAGAAUCUGAGAAUGAAAGAUGCCGGUACUGCGUGGCGGCGUGUCCAAGGGCCGGGCAGCGGAGAACCAGCAGAACUUUGAGGCCGACGAGGGGAUCGCCACGCGGACGAGGAGGCGGCGGGCGGCGGCGGCGGCGGCUGCGGUCGCGCAACCGAAGAAGAACACCCGGCAGGCGAAGGGAGCUGCUGCCGAGAAUUUAGCUACCGUGGUUGCGGAGGAGGAGGGACAGCAUAAUAGGUUGUUGGAAGUGGGGUUGAGACCCGCCGGUGGUGGUGGUGGUGGUGGUGGAGAAGAGAAGGAGGAGGUGGGUGAGAAGCCAAUGGAUGAGUUCAAUAGCAGGGGGCGAAGUGCUGGGAAGGCACAUGCGGCUGAGGAGGAAGGAAGCACUGCUCCGCUUCCCGAGAAGGUCCAAGUUGGUGGUUCCCCAGUUUACAGAAUAGACAGAAAAUUGGGAAAAGGUGGUUUUGGCCAAGUCUAUGUUGGCCGACGUGUUUCUGCUGGAAGUUCAAGUGAUAUUACUACUGGGCCUGGAGCUGUAGAGGUGGCAUUGAAAUUUGAGCAUAGAAGCAGCAAAGGAUGCAGCUACGGCCCCCCUCAUGAAUGGCAAGUCUACAACACUCUCGGUGGUAGUCAUGGUGUACCAAGAGUACACUACAAGGGUCGACAGGGUGAUUUCUAUGUCAUGGUAAUGGAUAUGCUCGGGCCUAGCUUGUGGGACGUGUGGAAUAAUAAUUCUCAUUCAAUGUCCACUGAAAUGGUAGCAUGCAUAGCCAUUGAAGCAAUAUCCAUAUUGGAGAAGUUGCACACAAGAGGGUACAUUCAUGGUGAUGUAAAACCUGAGAAUUUUCUGCUUGGUACUCCCGGAACUCCUGAUGAGAAGAAGCUAUUCCUAGUUGAUCUUGGAUUAGCUACAAGAUGGCGCGAUAAUUCAACUGGUCUGCAUGUAGAGUAUGACCAAAGACCAGAUGUUUUCAGGGGAACUGUGCGCUAUGCUAGUGUGCAUGCUCAUUUAGGUAGAACUGCAAGUAGGAGAGAUGAUCUCGAAUCUCUUGCCUACACUCUGAUUUUCCUCCUUAGAGGUCGUUUGCCGUGGCAAGGAUAUCAGGGAGAGAAUAAAGGCUUCCUUGUUUGCAAGAAGAAGAUGGCAACAUCUCCAGAGACUCUCUGUUGCUUCUGCCCGGUGCCAUUCCGACAGUUUGUUGAACAUGUGGUUAACUUGAAGUUUGAUGAAGAACCAAAAUAUGCUAGAUACAUUUCUCUCUUCGAUGGGAUCAUUGCACCAAAUCCAGAUGUCAGACCGAUCAAUACAGAGGGUGCUCAAAAGCUUGUAACUCAAGUGGGUCAGAAGAGAGGACGGUUGACCAUGGAGGAGGAUGAAGACGAAGAUGGACAGCCGAAGAAGAAGGUCCGAUUGGGUAUGCCAGCUACUCAAUGGAUUAGUGUUUAUAAUGCGCGGCGUCCUAUGAAGCAGAGGUAUCACUACAAUGUCGCAGACAACAGGCUCAGCCAGCACAUUGACAAAGGAAAUGAAGAUGGCUUAUUUAUCAGUAGUGUUGCCUCCUGCCAAAACCUCUGGGCCCUAAUUAUGGAUGCCGGCACUGGGUUUACUUCACAAGUUUAUGAAUUUUCGUCUUUUUUUCUUCACAAGGAAUGGAUAAUGGAGCAAUGGGAAAAGAACUACUAUAUCAGUGCGAUAGGGGGAUCUGCCAAUGGGAGUUCUUUGGUGGUGAUGUCAAAAGGUACACAGUAUCUGCAGCAGUCCUACAAAGUAAGCGAUUCAUUCCCAUUCAAGUGGAUCAACAAAAAGUGGAAGGAGGGUUUCUACGUGACAUCUAUGGGUACAGCUGGUAGUAGAUGGGCAAUAGUUAUGUCUCGCGGUGCCGGAUAUUCAGAUCAGGUGGUCGAACUAGAUUUCCUGUAUCCCAGCGAGGGUAUUCAUCGGCGAUGGGACUCUGGAUAUCGUAUAACAGCAACAGCUGCGACGUGGGACCAGGCUGCAUUCGUUCUCAGUAUACCAAGGAGAAAACCCACAGAUGAGACCCAGGAGACUCUUCGAACUUCCGCUUUUCCGAGUACACAUGUCAAGGAGAAAUGGGCAAAGAAUCUCUAUUUAGCAUCGGUCUGUUAUGGGAGGACGGUUUCAUGAGCAUCCUAAAAUUUUGAUCGGAGGAGAGUCGAGGGUAAGAAGCUGAAGGAUCAUCGAAAUGAGGUGGGGGAGCGCAGGGCUACGAAAAAUUCUCGACGCAUUUUACAUGUCGUUAAGAUGUAGAAAAAUUUAGUAAGACCCUUUAAUUGUCCGUCAAUUGGGAAAACUCUUCUCAAUUUUCAAAGUACAAAGAAAUAACGAGCAUCUGAUCUUGUUGUUGUCAAUUUUGUAUAUAGAGAGUGGAAAAGGCUACAGAUCAACUGCGAAUUGGAAUUAUUGUAGCUGGAUUUCCUACUUUGAUGAUACAUAUCUAUUAGUACUGUAGUUGACUUAUGCUAUUUUUCUGGUUCAA